AUGAGACCGGGGACAUGGUCUGAAUGGCUUUCUUUACAGUCACUGGAGGAAGUUUUCGUUCAUCGAACACCAGAACGAGGCAUGGCUGGGAAGCCUUUCCGAGCCACCUACAUCUGGACCAGCAUCAUUUCAAAUCUGCAUACUCGCGUGGAGGUCAAGCGUCGUCGUCACAACCUGAAGUCUUACCAUGACUGUUUCUUGGGUUCAGAGGCAGUGGAUGUGGUGCUGGCACACAUCACCCUCAACCGUUUUUUUGGAGAUGAAGCAGUACCCCGCUAUAAAGCUGUCAAACUUUGUCAGGCGCUCAUGGACUCAAGGGUAUUUGAGCCGGUGGGAAUUAAAGUAUUUGGGAAGGAAAAGAAGAAAACUACAUUUGAGGACAGCAGUUUCAGUUUAUACAGGUUCCUGAGUCCAGAAAACAACUCGUCUUCUACGCUGACUGGCACUAAUUCCCUUUCCACUAAUACCAUUGAGAGCGGCUAUGACUCACCAAGCAUGGAAAGAAACACGGAGGGCUAUAGUCCUCUACGGGAAAGGAAAGAAGCGCAAACAACAGACAAAUCACUUGAGGACGUGCUGGGAAACCUCAACCUCAGCUCGACGAUUACCCCUCAGAUGAUCAACCUCGGCCUCUCGCAAGAGCUUGUAGAUGAAGUGUGGCACCAGCAGGCAGUGUUCAGACUGUUGCAGUUAAUAGAGCUCCCCCUGUUGGAGAGUUUGUUAGAGGGUAAGGAGACAUCGAGGCGUGCCCUACAUGGCAUGGACAGCGACCCGGACCUGUUGUAUACAUCAAGCUACCUAGACAGAGAGGUUCUGAAGGCCUUCAGUGAAGCUCAGGCUGAUGAGUGGAUGUCAGGAGCAGUGGACUGUCUGGAGUUUCUGCCUGAUGAACUGGUGGUGGAGAUCAGCCGAGGUCUGGCUGCCUGUGGAGAUGACCUGAUCCGGUGUAAAAAACUACUGUAUCAAGUCCUGACUAAGCACUACGGACACACACAACAGCCAGCUCUGCUUAGCAACCAAAUUUUCGAUAUCCACUGCGGCAUUUCCGAACUACUCGUGAACGGGAAGCGAGAGCAAGCUGUGGAAGCGCUCCAGCUGAGCCUGAAGCUGCAGGACUCUCGCAGCAGGGAGGAGCUGCGUCGGCUCCUGAGAUUCAUGUCUGUUGCAGCCAAACCGGAGGAGGUCAAACUGCACAAAGAGAUUGAGAACAGAAUGGCAGUGAAAAGGUCUUUCUCACGUGCUAUUGUCUACAGCAGAAGACUCUCCAAAGGAAAGGUAGACUUGAUGGUUCUGUUCAUGAUGGAUAACCACUGUGAUCUGUUCAAAAUUCCUGUCUCACUGCACAAGAUGGUUAGUGACAGAAUAACGAAUAUUGUGAAAGGGAAGGAUCCAGAUAUGUUGACAGGAUCAGCGUAUUCAACAAGAGUAAGCACUGAGGUGUAUUCACAAAACGCACGAAAAACCACUAAAGAGGAGCUCGUGUCUUUAUUGCGGACAGUCCACGAGAGCCCUACGCUGUCUGAUAAAGAAAAGAGACGGCUGCUUGGACAGUUUUAUAAAGGUCAUCCGGAGAUAUUCGUUCAGUACUUUGGAAAUAAAUUGUCCAGUAUCAACAUGUUGUUACAAUAAUAUUUAUUAAUU